CUAUCACACAUCAAGCUGAUGGACCAAGGAAUGGUCCUGGAACGUGGUGAUGGCUGAUGAGGAUGAGAGGGUUCGAAUUGGGAUUGUCGGGUGCGCGGAAAUCGCCCGGAAGUUGUGCAGGGCCAUUUCUCUGAGCCCCAGCGCCACCCUCUGGGCAAUAGGCAGCCGCUCCAUCGACAAGGCCAGAUCAUUCGCCCACCAGAAUGGACUCAGCAGCAGUGUCAGGUUGUAUGGCAGCUACAUGGAAGUGGUUGAGGACCCGGAUGUCGACGCCGUGUACCUGCCCCUGCCCACCAGCCUCCACGUGCAGUGGGCGGUCCUGGCCGCUCGACACAAGAAGCACGUCCUCCUUGAGAAGCCAGCCGCCCUCGACCUCCCACAGCUCGACCAGAUACUGGAAGCUUGCUCAUCCAACCGCGUCCAGUUCAUGGACGGCGCCAUGUGGUUGCACCAUCCGAGGACAUCCAGGAUGAGGGAGCUCAUGACUGAUCCUCAGCUCUUUGGCCACCUUAACUCCGUCCAUAGGAACUCGACAUUCUGCGCGACCCCGGAAUUUCUAGACGGAAACAUUAGGGUGAAGCCGGACCUGGACGGUCUCGGUGCGCUGGGCGACUUGGGAUGGUACAGCGUUGGAUCCAUUUUGUGGGCGGCUGGCUAUCGGCUCCCAACUUCAGUGGUGGCUCUGCCCCAAGUAACCUGCAACUCUGCUGGAGUCAUCUUGGCCUGCUCAGCCUCCUUGAUCUGGGACUGGCGCCGGGUUCCAAACCCAGACCUGGACAGCCCGCGGCACCCGCAUCCUCCUUACCAGACGGUUGCCACCUUCCACUGCUCCUUCCUGGCUAACCUGUCUAUGGACCUAGCAAUCAUCGGCUCCAAUGGAUCCAUCCACGUCAUGGACUUGACAAUCCCUAUUGAAGAGCAAUCUGCUUCGUUCGACUUCACUCCCGCCACGAAAUUCGUGGAACUCCACAUUGGCUGGAGCACUAAACCAGAGAGAAUCCAGGUUUCAUCUGAGCUUCCCCAAGAGGCCUUGAUGGUUGAAGAGUUUGCAAGUCUCGUUCGGGGUAUCAAAAGGUCAGGGUGCCAACCAGAUAGCAAGUGGCCCGAGAUCAGCAGGAAAACCCAGUUAGUCCUAGACGCCGUAAAGAAAUCAAUCGACCUUGGUUACGCUCCUGUACACUUGUAAUGGAAGAAGAUGUAAUUCCACUAUAUACGUAUUUCACUUAUACCACAACUGACUUGUACUGCGACUGCAUGUCAGUCUAAAAAAUAACUGCUUUGCCCAAGUA